UUUAACAUCAUAACUUCCUUCAUCUGUUUAUCAAUUCCCAAAUCGAAACCCUAACUUUUAUCAAAUUUCCAAGUUUCCCAAUCCAUUUCAAUGGCGCCAAAGGGAGAGAAGAAGCCGGCGGAGAAGAAACCAGUGGAGGAGAAGAAGUCGACGGUUGCCGAGAAGACUCCCGCCGAGAAGAAGCCAAAGGCCGGGAAGAAGCUGCCUAAGGAUGGCGGUGCCGCCGCCGGAGACAAGAAGAAGAAGAGAAACAAGAAGAGCGUGGAGACAUACAAGAUCUACAUCUUCAAAGUUCUGAAGCAAGUUCACCCUGACAUUGGUAUCUCAAGCAAGGCCAUGGGAAUCAUGAACAGUUUCAUUAACGACAUCUUCGAGAAGCUUGCUGCUGAAUCUUCAAGACUUGCAAGGUACAACAAGAAGCCAACAAUAACUUCAAGGGAAAUUCAAACUGCGGUCAGGCUUGUUCUACCUGGUGAAUUGGCCAAGCAUGCUGUCUCCGAGGGUACAAAAGCUGUAACCAAGUUUACCAGAGAGAAGAAGCCAGCGGAGAAGAAACCCGUGGAGGAGAAGAAGUCCACCAUAGCAGAGAAGGCUCCUGCCGAGAAGAAGCCAAAGGCCGGAAAGAAGCUGCCUAAGGACGGUGGUGCCGCCGCCGGAGACAAGAAGAAGAAGAGAAACAAGAAGAGCGUGGAGACAUACAAGAUCUACAUCUUCAAAGUUCUGAAACAAGUUCACCCUGACAUUGGUAUCUCAAGCAAGGCCAUGGGUAUCAUGAACAGUUUCAUCAACGACAUUUUCGAGAAGCUUGCUGCUGAGUCUUCAAGACUUGCAAGGUACAACAAGAAGCCAACAAUCACUUCAAGGGAAAUUCAGACCGCGGUCAGGCUUGUUCUGCCCGGAGAAUUGGCCAAGCAUGCCGUCUCUGAGGGUACCAAGGCUGUGACUAAGUUCACAAGCUCUUAAACUCAAUAUCUAGGUUUUUUCUGGGUCGCUAUGUAGGCACCGUUAUACCUUUCUAGUGUUGUAAUCUGCUAAUGGGAUCGCGCUGAUCCUUUUAUUGUGUAUGAACUUAUCUUAUUAUUCUUAACAUGAUUAAUGGUAUUGGGCUUCAAAAUUGUUUUUAUUGUUCAA